UGCAAGUGUUCCUUGUUCUCAUGGUGUAAGAAUUUUAUUAGUAAGACAAGCAUAUUUAUGAACAUUAUUUAGUUCAAUUCCUCGAAUACUCCCAAGGAAAAUGGCUGGCAAUCCUUACAUUCUUUAUAUGCCCGAAAUAGCUUUAGAAAAGAUUUUCUCUUUUCUAAGCUAUGAUGAAAUUGCAAAGAACAGAGUGGUAUGCAGGAAGUUUAAUGAGAUUGGCAGCAAGAUGUUGUCUAGGGGGUUCAUACAGCUGGAACGGAAACAUUCGACGAUUCACAAACGAAUAAAAUCGUUGUUACCUCGCAGAGAGUCUGAAAGAAGAGCUCAUCCGUUAUCGAGGCAUUGUGAGAUACUACAAGCAAUAGAAACUCGAAUUAGCAUGUUGAAUAUGACUUACAGUAAAUAUAUUGAGAAGAAUCUCCUUUGUUUUAUCCCCGGGAAGGUUUUAGACGAAAUAAGGAAUGUAUUAAAGUUGGUAGAGACUGAUGCAACUCCUCCAAGAACACAUCAAUUAUUGGAAGAAUUGAGAGAUCUGAGCAGUAUGGCUAUGGAACACUUUGAUGAGCACAUUUUGCCCAGGGUAAAAGAAGAGAUGGAAAAACGAACUGCUCUGGCAUUCGUGAGCCCUUCAACAUCCAAGUCACCGAGGUUCUUCUUCGCCCAACAAUUUCUGUCUGAUGAAAUCUACAAGGUCAAGAAGCAAAGCAAGUCCCACAAAUAUCACAUUAGUUACCUAACUCAGAACACGCAAAAGCUAUUCCAAAAAUUAAGGAAACAGAAUAUCCGCCUCAAGGCACAGUCGUUGAAGAUCCGCGAACAGGAACGCAAAAUCCAAGAGCAAAACACCAAAAUCCAGGAACAAGAGGCCACGUUAGCCGACAUCAAGAAACACAUCGACGAAUGGGACCAGAAAUAUGCCGAUUUGACCACAGAAUUGGUGCGGGCACGCGACGACAUCUUGUUGAAGGCCUCCACAGCUUACAAGUUUCAAUCGACCGUGGCUCAAUCCACAUUGCAUUCGACGCCGACCGUUAAGCAUCACAAGUCCAACAUUAAACCGCGAACUACACAAAUUUUACCAAAAAGCUAUGCUUCUCUGUUGUUGGAUCUGGAGAGGAAAAGAAAAUCGAAUUUGUUGCCGGAAAUUCCCGUGAAGCUUUCAAGAGCAAGUACUAUCGACGAAGAUAUACCGAGAUCUUUGAUUAAAGAAGCGGAUAAAACGACCAAAGGUAUCAUCAAGCAUGAUAAACCUGGACCUCCCAAACCUAAACCGGAUCUUCAAUCGCUUAUCAGCAAUUCCAUAGAAAACUUGAAAAGUUCUUUGUCACAUAUCCAAAACAGGAGAAAAAGAAAAAUGUCUGAGGACAUCGACCUGAAAUAGAUGGACUAAGCCGUCUCCGAUUUUUUACCGUUUGUAGAGAAUUUAGUUUUAUUUAAUAUUUUUUUAGAUAUAAGAAUUAUUAAUAUUUUACAAUUUGAGUGAUUAAAUAGUUGAAUUGUGUAUGGCAUGGAGUGUGGUGCAGAUAUAACUAAAUUAUAAAAAAUACUAAAUAUUUUACUACAUUGUGAAAAAAAUAUAUAUAUUUAUCUAAUUGAUCUCAGAUAUGAUUAAGCCAUUUAGGUUUUUAACUUUCCUAAUCGUACAAAACGUUUAUUUAUGUUGCAGACAAGGGACUUGGUAAAGAUGUAACUAUAAUGUAUUUAUUGCCAUUAACACCAUAUUUCAAAUUUCACCUUUAAAUAUAUAUUAGCAAUAAUAAUCACAAAAUAAAUUUGUGGUAUUUUACCUUAUUAACAAAAUAUUUCAUCAUAAAUAUAGUUUAUAAUUUGUCUAAAUAAAGAAUGUUAGGUAUUUGAAUGUAACCAAUUAUAUAGUAGAAGAUAUUUAUCAGAGUGAAUUUGUGAAAUAAUAUAUAAUCAUAUAUUUAUUUGAAUUUUCUAUGUAUAUUGAAUUUAAUUAAAUACAUAUAGUACAA